ACGGGGGCAGAUGGGCCCACCUUUCCCUCCCCCCAGGUCCAUGCCAUCCCGCUGCGCUCCUCCUGGGUGAUGACCUGCGCCUACGCCCCAUCGGGGAACUACGUGGCCUGCGGGGGCCUGGACAACAUCUGCUCCAUCUACAGCCUGAAAACCCGGGAGGGGAACGUGCGCGUGAGCCGGGAGCUGCCGGGCCACACGGGUUACCUGUCCUGCUGCCGCUUCCUCGAUGACAAUCAGAUCAUCACCAGCUCCGGGGACACCACCUGCGCGCUGUGGGACAUUGAGACGGGGCAGCAGACGACAACAUUCGGGGGCCACAGCGGGGACGUGAUGAGCCUCUCUCUGGCCCCCGACGCCCGGAGCUUCGUGUCCGGCGCCUGCGACGCCUCCAUCAAGCUGUGGGACGUGCGGGACAGUAUGUGCCGGCAGACGUUCACCGGGCACGAGUCGGACAUCAACGCCGUGUGUUUCUUCCCCAACGGGAACGCCUUCACCACGGGCUCGGACGACGCCACGUGCCGGCUCUUCGACCUACGCGCCGACCAGGAGCUCAUGAUGUAUUCGCACGACAACAUCAUCUGCGGCAUCACCUCGGUGGCGUUCUCCAAGAGCGGGCGCCUCCUGCUGGCCGGCUACGACGACUUCAACUGCAACAUCUGGGACGCCAUGAAGGGCGACCGCGCAGGGGUCCUGGCCGGCCAUGACAACCGCGUGAGCUGCCUGGGGGUGACGGACGACGGGAUGGCCGUAGCCACCGGCUCCUGGGACAGCUUCCUGAAAAUCUGGAACUAGCCCCCUUCUGCCCCACACCCUGGAGGACGUGGCUGCUGCUGGCCCCACCCACAGCAGGGAGGGGGCGUGGCUUUAGCCCCUCUUUGGCCCCCCCCCAUUUAAUUUCUUCAAAUUAUUUUUGUUUUUCUUCUCCUGAUUGAAAAGAAGGAAAAAUAGCCUGCUGAGGGGGGUGGGGGGCCUGUGCCCAGCAGUGACCUUUGACCUGGGGUGGGGCAUGAGGUGAUUGACAGCUGGGGCAGGGUCCUGUCUACUCUAGUACAGGGGAGGGAGGGUUACACCCCAAUUUUCCUGCCCCCAGUACUCCCUCCCCAAGGCUCUCUUGGGGAGGAGUGGCUAAUUGGCCCCACCCACUGUGUGGCUCCUCCUCCAGGAGGGGGGGUGCUUCCCAGGCUCCCGUUACCCCUCCCACAUGCCUGAGUGGGGCUGGGGGGAGAUCAGGUUAGUUGGGGGGCCCCUGAGGGGAGGUGGGAUACCAGGGUAGAUGGGCCCCUGACUCUGAGGCAAAGGAGGUGCAAAGCCAGACAUGGGGGGGCUCCUGGCCUGCCCCCUCCCUCCCCGCCCCCCCCCAGGGGCUUGUCUCCCACCCCGUCGGGGGUCGUCCUGCUCGCCAGGGGGUGGUGGGGGGGGGCUGUUUCUUCGCUGGGGUGUUUGUAACUGGCUCCCGGCACUGCGUCAAACCAUAAACGACCAAA